CCCCCACCCCACGCAGCGCUCGGCCCGCGUCGGUGCCUGGCAGCCGAGGAGCGGGGCCGCCGCCAUCGCCAUGGGCACCCGGGACGACGAGUACGACUACCUCUUCAAAGUUGUGUUGAUUGGAGACUCUGGGGUUGGGAAGAGUAAUCUCCUAUCACGUUUCACACGCAAUGAGUUCAACCUGGAGAGUAAGAGCACCAUUGGGGUGGAAUUUGCCACCAGGAGCAUCCAGGUGGAUGGGAAGACGAUAAAAGCACAGAUCUGGGACACUGCAGGGCAGGAACGAUACCGUGCCAUCACCUCAGCAUAUUACCGAGGUGCUGUGGGGGCCCUUCUUGUCUACGACAUUGCAAAACAUCUGACUUACGAGAAUGUGGAGCGUUGGCUAAAAGAAUUGCGGGAUCAUGCAGACAACAACAUUGUCAUCAUGCUGGUGGGAAAUAAGAGCGACCUGCGCCAUCUGAGAGCUGUGCCCACUGAUGAGGCCCGGGCUUUUGCAGAAAAAAAUAACUUAUCUUUUAUUGAAACGUCUGCCCUGGAUUCAACAAAUGUAGAAGAAGCCUUCAAGAACAUUCUUACAGAAAUCUACCGCAUUGUUUCGCAGAAGCAAAUUGCAGAUCGAUCUGCUCAUGAUGAAUCUCCUGGUAACAACGUGGUUGAUAUCAGCGUCCCACCAACCACCGAUGGACAGAAAUCCAACAAACUCCAGUGCUGUCAGAAUCUGUGACCUUCUCUAGAUGAUUUGUGCCCCUUUCUUUGUCUGUGUUUCAGUUAGGAACUUAUGUGCACUUCCUAUCUCCUGUGAUUCAGUGACUCCCUCUGUUCCUUUUUCACAUCCUGUCUCCAAACUCCUCCUUUCAUCCUAGAGCUUUAAUUGUAGGGCUAACAUUCCCUCAUCCCUAAAAUUCCCUUUGAAUGUGAUGACUUCUGGGCUUGAAAUGUAGGCACUGAUCUGAUGGACAUGUUUGUGGUGGAACAUCUGCUGCUGGAUAUCACCCCAUGAAACUCCCCUCAAAUGUAUUUUUUUUUUUUUUUGUGGGGGAGGAUGAAUGGGGGUUUGAUUAUAACAGUUGAAGAAAUAACUACACUUAGUUUUCUCUGAUAGUCAGGUUUUUCAGUCCCAUGUGUUCCCUUUAAUCAUUGGGGAGAAAUUAAGAAGGUAACUGUUCUACCAAACAUUCUGUUUUCUGUCCUGAUGAAGUAUCACAGUGAGGUUAUUAGUAGCUGCGCACACAUAAGAAAGCUGUUGAGAGUAACAUUACUUAUAAAUCCCCCAAAUGCAGUUAGUCUGGCUGUGUAGUUUACUGCUUCCUGCCUGGGAAAUCUUUCUCUAGUCUUAAUUUUGUUUUGUUUGGGAACAAUCUAGUAUGUCUGCAUUGCAUUCUUUGCCACCAUGGAUGCCUAUGCAGCUAUGUGCAGGCUGUAUGAAGUGGCUUAAUAUUUAUUCUUGGCUUUGUUAAACAAUUAACAUUAAUGUACAGUAAAUGCCAGCAUAUUGAUUUUAAAACCUUUUUGCAACUUGUAGAUCUAGGUUCAUUUUGUACUGUAGGCUAGUGUCCAAAAGAGAAAUCCUCUCUAGUCCCAGAACUUUUUUUUUUUUUUUGCAUGCUGCUUUUUCUCUAGGUCUCUUCUUAACCCAUUUGAGUGAGUGAAGCAAUAUUUUCAUGUCAUGUGUAUAUAUACCUGCACUUGUAAGGUUUUGGUCAUUGUAGAGAAACAAAUACUUUAUACAUUUUGUAAGACUUACGCAGAUCUGUAGCAUCUUUCAUUUUUCUUUUUGUUAUCUUUCAUCAUUACCUUUGUGCAUAAUCCUUUUUUCUUGACCUCUAACUAAAAUGUAUAAGAUUAUAUGUAAUAUACCCAAACCUGUUACUUCCCUCUUACUCUGUUUCCUGAGCUGCAAGCUGUAAUCUUCAAAUGAUUGUACUCUUACCUGAUGUAGCAGAUAUCUGUCAUCAGCAGGGCUAACAACUAUAAUACCUUCUGUUUUGCUGAAUGGGAAGUCUUUUAUCACAAGUUUGGGUAGUAGUCAGUCUCUUGCUAGCUUCAGAAAAUCCUCUCUGACUUUUGCAUUAGUCACUAGCCCUUGUACUAUUGCUACCUUGCAGUAAACACUGAGUGAUGUAUUGACAGAAACCAGGUGAAAUUAUCCAGUGGAAGAGUUGGGAGCACCAUCUGUUUUCUGAAAGAUAAUUAAAGCGGUUUGCAGCAAACUUUUGUUCUGUAUGGCUUCCAAAUUCUGAGACCAUGCCUCACUUGACAGAUAUUAUCUUGCAUGUCAGUGAGUUGAUUUUAUGAUGCAAAGUGAAAUUAAAACUGUAAAUUGUGCUUAUGAGGGGGAAAGUUGACAUUCCAGUUUUGACUGUUUGUGUGUGGUUAUGUAAUAAAAUUUAAGGGCGGUUAACUCCCGGUGGCUUUUCUUUAUAAAAUGUCCUAUCAAAUGCAUUUAUUUUCUUGUGUAGUGCAUGUAGAAGGCCAGAGGUUAAAGCUUGAGGGUUCAUGUAGUCUUAGAACUUCAUAACUUUACUACUCCAUUUAAAGUUUCCUUCUCUUUUCUACUGCACAAACCUUGGCUAAUAACAAGCAUUUGUUCUGAGCAGCGGAUGCACAAUCCCCAUUCAGUAGUGAAGGCAUUUUAUCCCUCCUUCAUAUCAUGGGGUGCAGUCCCUGCCAACUCGACACUGGAAGCACUUUCAGCACUCAACACCAAUAUCUUGGGGAGAAUAAUAUUGCUAGCAAAUUUGAACUGGGACUUUCCCCUUGUGGUGUGGCCCUAACCAGCCUGUGAUUUGUGGUCAGUAUUUGAGAUGAUCUUAUAAUGGACUACAUAGAGAGAGAUUCUUAGAGGCUUAAAUUAUCUUACUUUCAAGAGCAGGUAGCCCCUUUGGGAGCUGAGCUCCUUGCUGUGUUUAAACAGUUCUUUCAGUGAAACUCUCUGCUCAAAGAAUUGGAGACCAGUUCCUGACUUAACUGUGGUAUGUGUGAGGAAAAGGCAGUCUUAACCUUGGGAUAAGUUACUAAUAUAAUGCUCACACUGCAAAACCCUUUGUUUCUAAAGGUGACUUUCCCUGUCCCUUCUUCUUCUCCACUGUUAUCUGGCCAGGAUUUUUCUGGUUUGUAUUUUUUCAAAGAGUUGAGAAGGUGGCUGCAUGACUUAAUUCUUAGUUUAUGAAGGGGAAACUUUCAUACUCCUGAAUUUUAUGUGGGACUUGAAGAGUUGGCUCAAAGCCAUAGUAAAAGGAUCUUACCAUUUGUCUAGCUGGGACCCUCUGGUCAUGUCCCUCAUCUGCCUCUCCUGGGGGAACUGCUGCUGAAAACUAGUCCGUAGUGUAAAGGCAAAGAUCUGUCCCUUGCCCUUCUGCUGCAGAUCCGUUGAUGUUUGUCAUAAUGGUUCUUGAGCGUAGCAGCCCUCAGUAGAAUGGAUGUCAAAGGAUUUACCUCUUGGCUUUAUAGCUGCACUCCAGACUAUGCUGUACACAUGGUUGUAUUCAUCUGCGUUGGUCAUUACUUUAAUAGAGCGUCAGCAUGGCCUAUUUCCCAGAUGUUGCUGUAAUUGUCUGCAAAGGCAGCAGAGCACUGAACUCUUCUGUUCUGGUGGGGAUGAGAUGAUUUUGCUUAAGCUAUGUUAAAGGCCAUUAGCAGCAAAGAAGGGGCAUGUAACUUGGUUUUUUAAAUCUGUUUUUGGCUGGUUAAAAUGUCUCCUCAUGCAGAAAUAAUAAAACUUCUUACCAGGUUUCCUUUGACUCAAAGUACCCUAAUGUCACAUUAUGAUUGUCCCACAUUCUUCUAAAAUUAUGACUAGCGUGAGCAGAAAAAGCUGCAGGUACUUGCUGUUGGAAUUUAUACAGAGGCGGUCCAAGCACAGGGAAUAAAGGAAACGUUCUGUUGUUUCAGCUGUUAUCAACAUCCAAAUAAACUGGGUGCUAGGCCAGGCUUUUUGUUAUGCUUCCUUGCCAUAAAAAAAGCUCAAUUUAGCUGCUUCAUAAUUCUGGAAUCAGAUUGCUCCCUAUUGUAACUUCAUUGGUUUCAUAUUCCAAAUGUGUAAGUGCAAAUUAAAAUAAAAAAGGGUCCAGCUGUGCCCUAAAUCACUUCCAAGUGGGAUGAGUGUUUUCUGUCCCUGAGCAAAAUCUGGACCAGAGAAGUGGCAGCUCCUUUACAGAGAGAAACUAGGUACUGUGGAAGCUAAAGGAAAUCUUGCAAAAGGCUGCACUUCACCCAAAUACUAAGAGUAGCUUUAGCUUUAAAAUUUAAAACUAUUAAAAUAAACUUCAUUUAGUGCGGGUGAUCCAAUCAUGGGCUCUGAAGUGAGUAGGGAGUGUUUAAAUUAUUUCUGCGCUCCAAUGGUUAUGAUGAGCCUCUCCUGCUAAUUCAGUGACUAGUUAAUAUCUCUAAGCUUCUUGGGAAGGGGGAGGGAACUUAAAACUCGUAAACCCUGAGUAUUUCUUGCUAAGCAUAGCAAUCGCGGGGCAGGGGGGGGAUCUGAUUAAAUUGGUCAUUUGGACCCAGCCUCCUCACUUCUAAAUCCUGCUUUUUCUGUCACAGAGGGGACAUACUGGCUGACUGCAGGCAUGAUUCAGUUAAGUGAAAGGCAAGAGCUCACAGCCUGUCUUGACAGACUUCACCUCUGAAGUGAUAAUGUCUCGUAGCUGUCUAAUACCUUUAUGUGGUGCUUGGGGAAAGUCUUGCCAGCAUUGGCAGGACAGUCUUGCCAGCCUGACAGCCCUGCUGCUAGGGAGAAGGAAUAGACUGUACUUAAUGCCUUUUGAGCAUGAAUACCCCUUCCCCCUGCCGGGGAGGAAGAGGCCUUUUGUAUUUAGAGAGGUAGUUAGUCCUGCUAGUCUGAAGUCAGGCAGGAGGCAGCAUAAGUUUGCACCUCAUAGACUAACUCUUAGCUCAUGGAGGUAUGGCAUAAGCUUUCAUAAGCAGAGGGCUUACUUCAGGGGGAGGCAACUUGUGGAUUGCAAACCAGAUCUGACCUGUGGAGCCACAAGACUGUGCCUGUGCUAGGGCUCAGCAGCGAGGGCCUGUGCUGGGGCCAGGGAGCUGGAAACUGCUGCUUCUUCCUGUCCCCACUUGGUCUUUGGCCCAGGCUGUGGGGCGAGCGCCACUUCCAAGAAGGGGGGGGGAGCUGCAUUGGGGCUGGGCUGAACAUUUGGGGGCAGGGAAGGACACGGAGAAGUAGAAGCAGCUUCCAGCUCCCCAGCCCCAGCACAGCUCCUUUCUGGGUAGAAACUACCCACACCACAAUCGGAGUGGGGCUCUGGGAAGAAGCAGUGGCAUGGGCACAGCUCCCAGCUGCAUGGCUCUGGAGGGGGCACAGGCUGUGAUCUGCAGCCUGCUCUCCUUCCCCAGCCUGCUGAUCUGCUGCCAAAGCCACCCGGCCCAUGUUGAACCACAGCUGGGUUGUUCUGGCCUACAGGUGAUGAAGCCCUUUGCUUAUAAAAACUGAUGCAAUGCAUCUCUGGUUUAGUUGGUCCUUGUGUAGUUGGUCAUUUUUAUAAAUCCAAGUGUGAAGAGAAAAGCCAUGGCUUGAGGUAUUUCUUUAGCGCUGACGGAACAGCUUGUCCUUCAGCUGGGGUUAUUAGGCUUAUUUUUGUGGACGGAUAUGUGCUUUUGCUAUUUGAAAUGAACACUCGCCAAAAAAAGCCACAUGUAACUGAUCCAGUUUUUCAAAACUUCAUAAUUUUUUUUUCCAGAGGAUUUAGACCAGUGAUUCUCAGUAAGGGUGCCAUGGCUCCCUGGGGGGCCAGAAGAUCCUUUCAAGGGUGCCACACGAUGUUAGCACUGCUGGGUGCACAAACAUGAUUCAUAAGAUUUAAAGUAGGAAUCCACAAUAUCAAAACCAUUCUGAUGUGCUGUGAUAUUUCCAAGUUCUUUGCUAUAGAAGGAUUGCUUUAUUUUCCUGUAGUCAAGAAAUGAGUGAGCACUAAAAGAUGGCAUUUUCUGAGAAGCGCCUAGAGUUUAUCCUUGAGGCACCUCUUUCUCCUUGAUAAAGAGGUCGAGAAGCACUGAUUUAGAUUUGUUUUCUGUGCUAGAAUGUGAGUACCAAAUGUUGCAGUGGCAGGCAUAAAAGCAAGUUAUCCUACAUACAUGUUGAUCUCAUGAGAAAGACGGACCUACUAAUAUGUAUAUAGCAACUACUGAGGCCUUUCCACUCUACUCAAGUAAAAUCAUUUAAAAAAUAUAUAUUUAUUAAAAUUAGAGGGAUCUCCAUUUUAAAAAGGCAGAAUCAGGCAACUGAAAGUGAAGGUUAAAAUUAUCCUUAGCUGAGACUAUGCUUCUGGGCUUAACUUAGACCCUUGGCUUCUGAAGAAGACCAUAGCAGGACUAUUACCUAGUAUUCUGUAGCUCAGAAUGGUGAGCAGUGGGGCGUUUCCAGAAAAAUGAUCUCCAGGGCUGCAUCAUUGCAGUUAAUUACAGUAGUAUGUAUUUAUUUCAAAAUGCACCAGAAAAUCUUCUGUAGUGUUAUCUAUUGGGAUUUAUGGGCUACAGCACUGAACCUUUAUGCAACUAAGAAGAGAGGUUCUUUUCAUCUACAUUUGAGUUAUGGUUCUUGUGUUCAGUUAAGUGCAAUUCAUUUUGUAAAUAUAUGCAUCAUUUGAUUUUUGUGCAUGGUUAAUUAUGUAUUGUGGAUAUAAAGAUUGCCAAACCAAA